AGUAAAUUGUUUACAGUAAUUUAGUUUUUUACUGUGAAUUAAAUUAGUACAUAGUAGUAUAAAAUGGUGUUUAUUUGCGUCUUCUUCAUAAAUCUGCUAUUUGCUGCUGCCCAAGACUCAGGCUACUGUGAUGCUUCCUCAAAAAGUUGCGAUCUCAACGUAGACGAACAAAAACUAAUUUUCUACGAUGUAAAUCCACCAGAAGGCUUCAAUUUACGUCGCGAUGUGUACAUGAGAUUCGCUAUAAUGCUUGCCGAAGCCCAGAAACAUGGAAAACGGAAGGACUGGCAGCUAGUUUUGCCACCUUGGUAUCAUUUAUACCAUUGGAAAAUAUCACGCAAACCGACUCCAUGGGGCUCUUUUUUCGACUUAAACUCUCUCAAAUCGUACGCCCCUGUAACUGAAAUGUAUGAGGUGAUGAGUAGAACUCCCAAGCUAACUAUUGACAGAUUGUAUGUACUCCAAAACUACGAAGACGCGUUUGAAGGUGGCUAUUUUAAAGAAAAGUGGGAAAUUAGUAAAGACGACUGUUACUACGAAGGUUUUUGGGGCUACAACAAUAUAACCGUGAAAGAGAAGGUUUGCGUUAAAUUUCAAGGGAAAAUUUCCAAACUAUGGGAGCUAGUACAACUCCAUCUGAAGGACAAAAAAAUUAUGUUUUCACACGGAGAAAUACCGUUACACGACUCUUAUGGAACUAAAAGUUUUUGGGACUGUAGAUGGAGCAUGAAAUUCAACAAUAAACUCAUUAAAAUGGCAUCAAAAUAUAUGGCAGAUAACUUGAAUUGUGAUACUACAAAAUGCUCCACAUAUUUAAGCAUACACUGGAGACGGCAAGACUUUAUUUACGGCAGAAAAGACUUUGCCCCAUCUAUUGAGGGUACGGCUAAACAAAUAGACGAAGCAAUCAAAAACAACAAUUUAAAUAUUUACAAAAUAUUCAUAGCUACAGAUGCAUUUAAAUCGGAAAUAGAAAAACUGGAAGAGCAAUUAAAAAUACUUAAUUAUAAGCCUUUUCUAUACAUACCUACUCAUACAGAUAUAGAAUUACAUGGAGACGGGGGAAUAGCGAUAAUAGAACAAAUAAUAUGUUCCCGGAGUUCAUAUUUUAUAGGAACUCAUGAAAGUACUUUUACAUUCCGCAUUCAAGAAGAACGAGAGAUCUUAGGGUUUGACAGUAAAACCACUUUUAACCGAUUGUGUCCAGAUAAAGGAAAAUGUGAUAAGCCUUCAAAGUGGACUAUUGUGCAUUAA